UUAGUCGUCUGCGGAUCGUGGCCCGAAGACCGAGACCGAGACGCAUAGAAAACUAUCCCCAAAGCAGCAUCAAGUGGCAGAAGAUUCCCCCAUUCCAUUCCUCCUGAUUACUGGAUUCGCGGUUCGCCUUUUUUUUUAAGAGAGAGCAGAGCGUGUUUUCCGAGAGAGCUGUCAAAGCGUCAGAGUUACAGUUAGUUGACAUUAAUCCGCUACAGAAGAUAGACGAGGGACGAGAGACAGCAGAUUAAAGAGGGGGAGGAAAUACGAGAAAUACACGAAAAAUACGUGAUUCGCGAGUGCAAACAACAAAAAUAAACCACAACACAAAAAAGGAGAAUAGAAUAUAGAACCCAAGUGCUAAGUGAUUUUUUUUUCCAAAAUGGUUCUGAGUAGUGGCACCGCCUGGAGCUGCUCCCUGGCUCUGGUGGCUCUGGUCCUCGUUGUGGCUACGUCCGCCUCCGCCUCCGAUUAUCCCGGUGUCAUCGAGCUGGUGGGCUACAGCAAUCGCAGGGCACGCGCCUACUUCCAGGAGGAGGAGCCCAAGGCCAAGCCCAACCCCCCCUCGGCCAAGACUCGGGCGGACAUUGAGACGGUGAAGCGGAACAUCCGGAAGUACGACCGUCUGCUGGAGCUGGACACCAAGAACCUGCCCGAGCAGCAGAAGGAUAUGCUGGCCAGGAUCGUUGAGCGGGUGGCGCGACUUAAGGAGUCGCUGGACAUCGAGGAGCAGCAGUUCAGCCAGCAGGAGGCCACCUCCACCAGAAGCAGCAGCACCAGCAGCAGCAGCACCUCCACGACCCAACAGCAGCAAACGGAAGCGGAAACGGAGCAAGAACAGGCGGAGGAGCAGAGCACCCUGCCACCCACUGGCUCCACGGAGACAGAAACAGACCCGACCCUGCUCCUCGAUGAGACGACGCUCCUGGAGCUGCAGCACACGAUGAACGAGCAGGCCGCGUUGCAGGCAGCCGUCACGCAGCAGACGACCCUCAUGAAGGACCUGCCCACCACCACGGACUUCAGCCAAGAGUCGGCAGGGACUGGCACCAGUGACCACAACGAAGAGGAGGAGACGGGUGAGACGACCUCUGCGAAUCUCACGACCCAGCCAGAGAUGAGCCAGGAGACAGACGACUCCCAGUCCCAGGAGGAGGACCAGGCGGCAGCAUCCACAACCAGUGACGAGGCCCUCACCGAUGCCACCGAUCCGGACGAUCAGUUCGUGGCUGCCCGCUCCAACAACAACAUUGCAGCAAUCACGGCCGCAGAUGCGGAUCCCAGCAGCAGCAGCAGCACCACCACCACAGCCACGAAUGCGGGCAGCCAGCAGCGCACCCUCACAACGAUGGGCAAGGUGAAGCACCGCCAGGCCACCAAGCGACCCUUCGGCCACAAGGUCACGACGGCCCUCAAGCGCGGCGCCCAGCGUCCGAGCAGCAACAGUGCGGCGGCGGCCAGUGCGGCGGCUGCCUCCAAGCCCCCAAGCGGAAGCACCACACAGAAGCAGAAGCUCUCAACCAACGCUGCCUACCAGCAGAAACAGCAGACGAAGCCCCUGCAGACGAAGGUGACGCCUUCGAUUGGUGCAUCAUCCUCGGCCCCAUCAUCAUCCUCUGCCCUCCCAUCGGCCACCACAAACUCAGCGAAUCCCGGCCUGCCCAUCGAGCAGCUGUACACACGGACUCCACAGGCCAACAUUCCUCUGGCAGCGGCAGCGGCAGCAGCAGCAGCCUCAUCCUCUGCAGCAGCAGCAGGAGGAGCAGCAGCUGCCUCCACAUACAGCACCCAGCAGCAGGAUAGCCUCGUCUACGAUGGCCAUGUAAAUGCCUCGGCCCUCAUCGACAGCCUCAGCACGAAUGCACGCGAGGAGUACUACCAACAGAAGCUGGGAUCAGCGGUCAACAACAAGGAUAAUAAGAAAACGGCGACAGCGAAACCAACAAAAUAUCAUUAUUAUCCGCACAAUCAGCACAUCUAUCUGCUGCCCGAGUGCGCCAUCCAGCAGGUCUGCAACGCCGUCUACGUGAGGCUCAACUACACCCAGCCCCUGUGCGCCUGUCCAUCAAGAUAUCGUGAUCCCUGCUCCGCCAGCCUGAAUGAAGACGAUCAGCAUACCACAAAAUUGGUUGGUGAUAAUAAAAAGAAGGCCAUCACGCUGGCCAAGACCUGUGAGGCUACCACAGAGAUGCGAGAGUGCCGCUCGCCCAAGGACUGGUCCCUGCUGGCACUCCAAAACACCAGGACUGGCAAAUCCCACUACCUGGUCAUCUGUCGCUGUCCCGAUCACUUCAAAAUGGAGGGACCCAUGGCCCAUGAUCAGCCCACAUAUGCGAGUGUUCCCGGCAUCCGAGUCUUUGGCAUGAUGUGCGUCAAGCCCGGCUACUCGAUCCGCAAGCCCAGCAGCCAGCCGCCGAAGCGCUACCAGCUGCAGAAGCCCUUCUAUCGUCCCUCUGUGGGCGGCUCCAGUGCCAUCGGAGGCCAGAAGGACAGCUACGGCAGACCCAUCUACGGCAGUGGCAGCUCUGGCUCCUCCAGCAGCGGCGGAUCGCCCAUCAGCUCCAACUACCAGCCGCAGGACCAGCAGUCCUUCCAGAACGGUGGCCCCAGCAGCUCCUACCAGUAUCUGAAUCGUCCCGAGAGCACACACAGCACCCACAGCAGCCACAGCUCUUCCUCGGCCAACUUCCGGCCCGAUCAGUUCUCCAUCAACAAUUUCCCGGGCAGCAACUACGGACGGAACAACGAGCGACGCGGCGACCUGGCGCCCAUUGAGGCAAUUGGCAGUGGAACGGGCACUGGCACCGGCACCGAGGAGCAACCAGGCAGCAGUACGCCCGCGAGCGAGGAGGCCAGGACCACACUUCAGGCGCAGGAGCAGCAACAGCAGCUGGAACAGGAGCUGGAGCAGGAAUCAGAGCCGGCGGCAGCGUCGCCCGUGACAACACUCCCAGAGCCGGCUCUGGAAGGCAGCACUCGCAUCAGGCGCUCGCUGGCGGAGACGAUGGACCUCGACCUGGAGCCGGAGUUCCCCUGGGACCGUGUCGUGGAGUUCCAGCAGAGCAUUGUCUGGGACUAGGAUGCACCGCACCGCACCGCACCGCACCGCACAACCUAAAAUCCUAGUAGAUACAAUUUCUUAUAGCACAGGACACGCUUCUCGUCUCCGCGUUUUCGUGCAAAAAAAACUACUGUGACUGAAGUGAGAGAAAGAUAACGAGAGAGAGAGAGGAUUAGAGAAGGGGAACGAAACGGAAGGGAAGUAGAGAGACUACGGAAUGACAGUUCACGUCACGUAACCGUCUGGCUAAACGACGUAGCGUAACGUAACGUAACGUAAAUUAGUGACUAAGCUUUUUUUAUACAAAUUUGUUUGGCAUUUCAAAUGGCAUUUCCCUCCCGUUCUAACGCAUUCCUGCCGCCCCCACACCCACUCCCCCCCUGCCCUUGCUGACCUUCUCUAAUUUAUAUUAUUUUUUUUUUAUAUUUAUAUACAAAAGAACAAUUUACGAAUUAAUUAAACAAUUACACGUGUCCGGGUCCGCCCGCGUCGCCCACUAAUUUUUUAAUUAAUUUGUUUUGCAUUUAAGCGUAAACAAGGCCUCAACUUUUUAUAUUUAAAUAAUUAACGAAACGAGGAAACGCAGUUAAAAGUGAGAGAUAGUUAAGGUGCAAAAACUUGAAACUAUUCGAAAAAGGCUAAAAAAGGAACAAGAAAAAAGCUAACAAGACAAAACAACAAAAAAAAACAGAAGAAGAAGGAACCGAAAUUAUUGAAUACUAAAUUUAGUUGCUUAUUUAUGUCUAGAUCUAAGCUGCAUUUACUAGUAGUUAAAUAAAUAAAAAAAAAAUA